AUGUUCGUGUUAUCCUCAGCACAGACUAGAACACUGCUGAGCCGCGCUCGCGCAGGCCGAGUCGGCAUCGACAGGCAAUCCACGCUGGUCGAUAUCGGCGCAGGAGACGGUGAAGUAAGCUGUAGAUACGCAGAUCUAUUUGGUACAAAGUAUGCCACCGAAAUAUCUGCCUCUAUGAGGAAAGUGCUUAGUGGCAAAGGGUUUACUGUGCUAGACGUGGAAGACUGGUGGAAAGGUCAAAAGUUCUCUUGUGUGUGCAUGAUGAAUUUGGUAGACCGCUGCAUGAGACCACGGACUAUGCUGCAGCAGGCCAGGGAAGCGCUCACUCCAGACGGACUGUUGUUGCUGGCUCUUGUAUUGCCAUAUAAGGCGUAUGUUGAAGCGACAUCGGACCAUAAGCCAGAAGAAAGACUGCCCAUAACAGGCAUCACAUUCGAAGAACAGGUCUCCUCGUUUGUGGAGUUCAUGCGGGGUUUGGGCUGGGAGAUCGCCAGUUGGUCCAGAGUUCCAUAUCUUUGCGAAGGAGACUUUGCCCAGGCCUAUUACUGGCUUGACGACUCUAUAUAUGUCUUUAGACCAAUUGAAUCUUAA